AAUUGUGCGUUUAAUUGACUUUAACUGGUUCGACACACUGCCAGUCAUCCAGGGACUCAAGGGAUUCCAAAGAACUUUAUAAUCAGCCCAUACAGUCGUUUUCUUCAAAGUCCAUUGGUUCUACAUUUAACAUUAAAGCAGCAGGCCUAGAAACAAGGGAAGCUGAUGUGCAGAAAGAUACAGAGAUAAGGUCUAACGGUGUAGAGUCAGUGGAAGAAGGUUAGAAACCCCUCUCUGCUUUGUAAAAGCUUUCUAAAACACUAAUUAGCAGUCAUGACAUAAGGAGCAGCACUUUUGAAAUGUGCCACUGGGAGUGAACUUCCAAUGGUCGCCUGUUCCCAGUGAGCAGCGGACAUGGGAGGAGUCACACCGGUGGGAAAGCCCUGCCCAACAGAAGUCGCCCCGUUCCUUCCUCUUUCACCGCGCCGCGCUGUGUUGUACAGUGGCGGCGGUUCUGGAGGUGCUCAUACCGCCGAGGGAAGCGCUCAGCCCGGGCCCUGGUGUCCGCGUAUCCCGCCUCGCUUGUCUUCGUUAGUCGGCACUGGAGAGCGCAAGCCGGGCGUUGGGUGGAGGUGUUUUUUUUUUUGUUUUUUGUUUUUUGUUUUUUUGAUCCAUCUAAGGAAUGUGACAUACGGCCGGGAAGGAGACGCACAUCGGCUUCACCGUCGGUUCAAAGAUUAAAAAAAAAAAAACAAGAGACGAACUGCGAGGCAAAGUUAGGAGGUUUUAAUUCCUCCUCCCAUAACCUCUCUCCACCCCUGGGUCCUGACCUUUAACCAGACACCACUCUCCAACCAUGGCACACCGAUCUCAGAGUUCAUCAAUUGGUGAUAACCCCCUCGACCCAAACUACCUGCCCCCACAUUACCGUGAGGAGUACCGGCUAGCUAUUGAUGCUCUGAUAGAAAAUGACGUACAGGGCUACCAUGAAUUCCUCCAGGCUGCAGAUGUGGUCAGUUUCCUGGCACAGCCAGAAAUUGAAUUUGUCAAGUCCACAAUCCAGACACCUAUCCGGACUUCCAGCGUCCCAGAGCUGACAUACCACGAGGGAGGUCUAGAGGCUGAUGGCUCUUCCGACACCUACUGGCCAUUGCAGUCCGACCUAGCUGCCCCAGGGCUGGAUCUGGGCUGGCCGCUGCCACAGCACAGCUUCAUAGGGCCCACAGAGGUCACCACUCUGGUCAACCCCUCUGACCCAGACAUGCCAAGCAUCAAGGAGCAGGCCAGGAGACUCAUCAAGAAUGCACGUCAAGUUAUUGCUGUGGUGAUGGACACCUUCACAGAUGUUGACAUUUUUGCUGACCUCUUGGAUGCAGCAGCACGCCAUGUUCCUGUUUACAUUCUACUGGACGAGCAGGAUUCUUAUCACUUUGUCUCUAUGGUCAUCAACUGUAGAGUCAACUUGGACCUAAUUCCUAUGAUGCGUGUCAGGACUGUGACAGGAAUAACAUACUAUUCCCGGACAGGGAAAUCAUUUAAGGGACAGGUGAAAGAUCGUUUCCUUCUGGCGGACUGCAGGGCUGUACUCAGUGGCAACUACAGUUUCAUGUGGUCCUAUGAGAAGAUCCACCGCUGCAUUGCCCACCUCUUCCUUGGGGAGCUGGUUGCCACAUUUGAUGAAGAAUUUCGCAUUCUCUUUGCUCAGUCAGAGCCUCUAGUCAUUGACCCAUCUGAUACAGCACUUGCUGUCUCUGACACGAGCAGCACCAGCAGCUACUUUAGCAACCAGUUCGGUUUGAAGAGGACCCAGUCUCUGCGUAACCCCAUAGGUUUCCGCAGGCAGCCUGAGAUUCCCUCUGCCUUCCCCUAUGGAGACUCUGAGCGUAAUCUCGCACUUCCUUUCCGGAGAAAUGACCCAUUUCGUCACAGCGUUGAACAUGGGCCAGGAAUUACAAUUGGGAAGUAUUCUCAGCAACAGUUUCGUCUGCAGCAGUCAUUCCUGGAGCAGGGAAGGUCCAUAGUUUCCAGGCAGAUGGAGCUGAGUGCCAGUGCCUUCAAAAGGCAUAGCUAUGCAGAGGGAACCCAAGAAAACUACUCAACUUCGAGGCAAUACAUGAGGCACAGAGUCAUGAAUAAUUUGGAUGAGACAGACUUCCACAGGGAGCUGACCCAAAGUAGCCAUUACUACCAUGAGGAAACUGGGUCGGGCUCUGGCCACGGACAGUAUGAAAGACUUCGAGGUCGUCCUCCACACCUCCCCAUUGACCAGUAUUCAGACUCAAGCUUUCGCUCAGAUCAGGAGCCUCCCCCUGGAAACUUCGGCAGAGAAUUCUUUUCAUCUGAGGACUUGGGAGGACCUGAGGGUCUUCGGGCACCUCCGUUAGCUGGGAGGUAUGGAGGAGGUUCCUCCCAUAAGAGGCCAAGCAUAGGUCAGGCAUAUGCCUGUCAGAGUUCACCCACGCAUCCCCACCCACCAGAGAAGAAACAGUUUCCCAAACAGUCUGAUCAAGAACAUAAUCAAGAUGCAGAUGCUAGGCAAGGUUUGAGAAGUUGGAGAAUUCAUUCGUAUCUCAGCACUUAUGAGGACAGUGGAGAAGAAGGUCUGGCUCAACCUAUGGGGUCUGACACAUUUGAAGAUCCUCCACCAUCUCAACAGUCAACUGCCCCUGAAAGUUCAGCUCCUCGCUUCGUAAUAAAGGAGCCACCGAAUGUUCCCCCCAAACCCAGGCCAGAUAUCCUGAGGCCACGCUUUGGAAAGCCCAUAUUGUCUGAGAACAACACUAAAGACUCUGCCCCAACAGCACCCAAGGAUCAGCCAGUCAGUGAAUUAAAGCCAUUGGUACCUGAGAAAAAAGAGACAGAGGUGGUAAAGGAAAAGGAGAAAGAGACAGAGAGAGGUGCAGCAAGGGAGACUGGUCUGGAUGUUGAUGGAAAAGAGACUCCAGAUCUCUUCCUGUCCAAACAUGAAUCUUUCCGCUCACGUAUUAACCCACUCCUUCAGCGAAGCUCUCGUCUGCGUUCCUCGCUUAUUUUCUCAUCUUCCAAGGCAGAGAUGCACAGUAGUGGCCUGGGCCUAAAACCAGCCACUGAGGAAGAUGAACAGUUAGACACAGUACGCACUUCCUCGAUUGUGGCCCAGAUCCUAGAGAAGAGGAGGUCAUUUUCUCGUGAGCCUUUUGAGUGGAGAAAGAAGGCUGAAGAAAAAGAUAAGGAGAAACAAAAUGCAAAAGAGAAAGAAGAGGAGAAAGAGAAAAGGAAUAUAGAAAAGGAGGAGGAGAAAAAGCAACAGCCAGAGGAAAAGGAGAUUCAGCUGAAAGAUGACAAUAUAGCAGAACUGGAACCUCAUAAAACUAAUGAAGAGGUAAAGACGACACCAACUGUUGAGAAAUCUGAAGGCACGUCACCAUUAGAGAAAUCUCUGAACAUGAAUGACCCAGCCAGUCGACUGCAGUAUUUCAAAGAUCUAGCUGCCAAGAGAAAAGCCUCAAAAAUGGAGACAGAGUCAUCACUAAAAGCUACAGAACCUGCUGAAAAAAAGCCAGACCUUUCUGAUAAACCUCCCUUAAGCCCUGUGACGACUCCAAACAUACCAACUCUUGCUGUUAGUUCAGCAGAAUGUGAACCAAAGAAGCCAGACAUCUCUGCAAAACUGGCAGAGCUCACUCGUAGACCUUCAGUUAGUUCCUCAAAGCCACCCAUAAGCUCUGUCAAGCCUUCUACGAGCAACCCGAAGCCAUCAGAGACAACUCAAUCUCAUAAAGAGGAAAAUGCAUCAGAGGGUCAAAAGAAGGAUAUAUUCAAGUCUCUGAAGCCCCUUCCUUCGCCUAAGAUCUUCAAGAGGGAUCCGUUGAAGCUCAAAGCAUUUAAUCAUCGUCGUAUCUCCUGUGAUGAGGAGAUUCUGACCACAGAUGCUACAGAUGCAGAGAAGAGUGAACUGAAAAAGAACCGCUCUCAUAGUUCUUCAACUAUGCCACGUGAUGACUCUAAGGAAGGACUGCAAAAAGUAAUGGGAUCUAAUACAUCCAUCAACACACUUGGUGAGGGAAAGAGUGAGGGUAAGACACUUGACUUCCUAAAGAAGCACACCCAGAGACUAAAGGGAAUCCUCGGGCCCAAGGAUAAAGACAAGAAAACUUCAGAAGAUAGGGGCAUGAGCACAGGCAUCACAGGAGAGUCAAGCAAAAAGCAGAGUUCAACAUCUAAAGACUCAGGAUCUACCAGUACUGACCAAGCUACAACCAAUAGCAAGACAUUAACCAGCAUAUCAGGCCCAUCUCGAUACCAGGCCCCAGGCAGCUCUGUUCUGUUUAGUAGCAACCUACGUGAUGACACCAAAGUCAUUCUAGAGCAGAUAUCAGCCAACAGCCAGAAGAACCGACUGGAGCGUGAAGAAGCUGCAGGGGACAGAGAUAGCGAUGCUGGGGAAAAGGGACUCGAGAGACACAACUCCAUAAAAAAGAAUCGAUUUCUGCGACCGCAGGGUAACAUCCAGGAGCGAGAGGGAUUGCUGAAGAGGAUAGAGAGUUUAAGGAAGGAGAAGAAGGUCUACAGCCGCUUUGAGAUGGGGAAUAACCUGGGAUAACGAAAGAUGGUGGAGUGGAGUUUAUAUGGAAACAAUUUUAUGCAAGAUGAUCAAAAAGACCCACUACCCGAAUGUGCCAACGACACUAUCAAAGUACCUCCAUGGCUCCACACUGCAGUGUUUCCUGGAUUUUCUCACGAAGUAAUAAAACUUGAAAAGACAAUAUAUAAAAUGCUGAAAACAAACUAAAGUCAUUCAGUUUGGAAUGUGCCUGUUUGCUAAGACCUGGUACUACUUUUGCCUUUUAUGGUGACUGGGAGAGAGAAGAGUGAUUCUGCUUUCAUGGGCUAAUGUUUCACCAAAGAGAAAAAGGUAGGGAUACUUACCCAUAAAUUAACUUGUAUGAACGUGACUGAGAGAAUUAAAGAGGAUAAGACAAACAGAAUACAUAAUGCAUCUGAGGGAGAGAAAAUAGAUAUAUGCCAGUUAUAAAACAUGGUUGAAUAUGACUACACAUGUUAUAGCAGAGAUCUCUGUUUCUGCAAGUGUCUGUGUAGCUUGGAGUUGUAUGAAACUGAAUCUUUAUGGAUUCAAUGUGUGCCAAUGGCCCUAUCAAGGGUGACACCAAAGCUAGAAGGACUGUUAUUAACUUAGACAAGAAAACAAAAACUAGAAAAUGAAGAUGAGGAAUCAAAUGAGACAAAGAACUGAUGAAGGUUAAAAAAUUUGAAGGGCAAAUAUGAGAUUAUAGAGAAGAGUGAGACAAAAUCUGGAUCAGAAAGAGAGAAAAUGUGUUUUCUGCUAGUUAAUUCUAACAUUGAUGCAGUCGAAGUCAAGUUUGAAUAGAAUGUAGAGCUUUUAGUGGACUUUAGCCUCUCAAGAGAGUGUCAUGUAUCUUUCUGUUAAGGCGUGGACCCACUUCUCAGGAUUGAAGAUGGCAAAUAACCAUUCAGAAUGGGCCUUUCAGAGUGAUUACCAGAGUGGCGUUAAAGAAACCUGUACUACUGUCAUUACUGUCAUACGUAAUGUAAAUAAAAAUGUAAAGUAUUUACAAUUUACAAUUGCCCUGAAUAACUGUAAAAAGAAAAAAAAAAUUAGUCAUCACCUCCUGAAGAAAAGCAAAGAAAAUCUCUGGCUACAUUUUGCAAGACUGGAGCAGGACCAGCAUGUCUCCUUACAUAAGUCACCUAACUUCUGAGACCUAAGACCUCCUACACACGACUCCUAACUCCUUUGUUGUUCUGCAAACACUAUUAAACCAAAGAUUUAGUUUUAUGGAGUUCAAAUGGAGGUCCCUUUUGACAGCUCAGCUGGGCAUCAAGCCAUGUAGUGUGUUUUUGUACAGUACAUCACAACAUCAAAGGCUGAUCUGUAUGGACACUUCAGGUGUUUUGCAGUUUUUUAUGGGGUAUAUUGUACAUAUUUAUAUAAAAAAUGCUUGGAGAUAUUCUAAGUGACAAAUUAGAUUAUGAUCAUGCUCACUGUACUAUCAAAGUGCCUUGUGUUUAUUUUUAAUUAAUAUGUUAACUAUGUGGUCUUAGCUGUAAAGAAUAAUUGGCAUUAAUCAGGGGUAAUCAGUUGCACAGGGUCAUUGUGUUAUUUUUUAAAGACCUCAGAUAGUAUUACAUUGUAUUUGAAAUGCUGCAAGUCUUUUAUUAAAUUUCUUUUAAGCUGAAGUCGAAUGUGUGCACAUAAACAGUAUGUGUUUGAACUGUAAUGAACAGUUGUCCUGUUUUCAUUUACAUGCUCAUGCGUAAAAUAAAAGCCAUUUGACAACAUUGUCACAA